AUGGAUGAAUGUGAAGAUGUGCCAAAAGAUUUUAUCAAACUCAAGUCUGGAAAGCUCUCUGUAGAUGAAGUGUCAGAGCUGGUCAUUUCACCAUACUGUGGGGCAGUGUCUCUGUUUAUUGGUACUACAAGAAAUAAUUUUGAAAGGAAAAAAGUGAUUCACUUGGAAUAUGAAGCUUAUACUUCAAUGGCAGAGGCUGAAAUAAAGAAAAUCUGCAGAGAUAUUAGACAGAAGUGGCCAUCAGUCAAACAUAUUGCAGUGCAGCAUAGACUUGGUGUGGUUCCAAUAACUGAAGCAAGUGUAAUUAUUGCAGUCUCCUCUCCACACAGAGCAGAGUCCCUUGAAGCUGUAAAGUACUGCAUCGAUACCUUAAAAGCAUCUGUCCCAAUAUGGAAAAAGGAAAUUUAUGAGGAUGAAUAUUCUUGGAAAGAAAACAAGGAAUGCUUUUGGGCAAAUUCAGAAAAGUAACUACUCUUUUAAAAAGAAAGUGUUGCUGUUCCUAAUGAGCAUACUGGUUUAGCUUUGAGUUGUUUUUAUGGAGAAUCUGUAUGUUCUUCAGUGGUUGUAAUAGACAUUUCAAUCUGAAUAAUUUAAGUAGGACUGAAUGAAAUGAAUGAGUAAUCAUUAGGGUUUUUAGAUAUUCUUGACUCUCCUUUGAAAUCAUGUCUUUGGCAUUUUAAUACGGAGUCAGGAUUUAAAACAAUCUUCCUUAAAACUCUUGUUUGCAAGGUGUUUAGUCCUCUUUGAUAUACAUUGCUUUAAUGACUUUACAUUGGUAGUCUGCAUUCACUGUCUGCUUGGGAGGUCACAACAGGACAACUGGAUUUUUUUUUUAUUCUUAAAAAAUAAAAUCCUGCAUAGUUUAAUUUUA